AUGGAGGACAAAUGGGCGCCACGAAAGGGUGUUACCUCGCCCAUCCGGCAGCUUGUCUUGUCUGCGGAGAAGGAGCGUUCCGAGUUGGGAGAGUACCGCGUGCGGCGGUGCGAGGCGAUGCUGCGCGCCAAGGAGGAGGAGGUCGCGCAGGCCAAUCGCAAGCUGGCCAAGCUGCAGGAGAACUUCGAGUACCACCUGCAGCUGCUCACGGAGCGGGAUGCGGAGCUGGCGCGAUUUGAGGAGAAGGUGGCUGAGCUGCAGAACACACCCGUGGCUAGGGACCGGCGGCAGUCUGAGAGUAACGUCGUGUUUACGGCUCGACCGGGGACGACACCGUCUCCUCCUGCCAAGGCGACCGCACUGGAGAAGACCGUGCACGACCUGACUCAGAGGCUGCAGGAUGCCGAGGAGGACCAGACCUCGGUGGCGCGCAUCGUGGAGGCGGCCCUGCUGCACGAGUCGCGCCGCUUCGAGAAGCAGAUGCAGCGCCAGCUGGAUGCUAAAGACCAAGAGACCGAGGCACGCAGGGUUGAGCUGACGAACGCGUACGAGGGGUUGCUGAAGCAGCAGCGCGACGAAAUGGAGGCGCGGGUCAACCGGCAGCAGGCGGACGUGCAGGACCGCUGGCUCAAAGUGGAGCGCGACCUCAAGGCCGCCGUCGCGCAGGCGGACGCCCAAGCGAAGAGGGCGGCCGAGUCCGAGUACGAGCUCGCGAAAAUGCGCGAGCAGCUCGCCGACGCCGCUGCCGCGGGCGCCCUUGCGGCCAAGGCGCUUGAGGAGGAGAAGCGGAACGGAACGGAACGCCUGGAAAAAGAGCGGAAGGAUCUCACCGACGUACGGGCGGAACUGCUGGCGGAAUAUGAUCGGAAGAGCGGAGAAAUGCUGACAAGCCUGCGCGCGGUGGAGGAAGCGUUUGAGCAGGAGAAGGGCGCGCACGAGACCGAAAAGCAGAAGCUGCAGGACGAGAUCGCCGACCUCAGAUUGCAAGCGCAAACCCUGGCGGUUCGAUUGGAGGUGGCGGCCGCGCGCAGCGGAGACCCGAACGCGGCCGCCGAGCGCAAAGGGCAGGCAGACAUUCAGUCGGAAGGACGCGAAAGUCGCAGGAAUGGGCAGGCCGCACAGGAGCUGGAGCUUCUGAAGAAGGAGCUAGCCGCACUCCGCUCUGAGGCCGGGGACCGUUCGACUGCCCUCAGAGUGGGCGAACUAGAGGUGCAACUUUCCAAGCUGCGCACUCUGGUGGGCGGCGGCUGGCUGGCCGCAAACCUGGCCGAAGCGUACCUGACCGUCGAUUCCCAGCAGGCGGGCAAGCCCUGCCGUUCGAUGAUGAAGCGGCUGAGGCGCCAGCUAGAAGAGGUGGGCCGGGGCGCAGUGGAGAAAGACACGACGCUGGCGGAAGAUCGGAAAGCGAUUGACCGGGAGUUGCGGCGGUUAAGGGAGCUGAAAGAGCUGGUUAAGGCGGGGGGUAAGGAAGACGAGGACGGUUCCAACGGGGACGUCGAAGAGGAGGGCGUCAAGCAGACCCAAAACAGCGGGCCCGUUAACACCCGGCGAAUCAGCUCAGGUUCAGCGAGGGGGAACUCUCGUUCUGGAGAAGCGACGCUGCCACCGACUGGCCCCGGUUCGCACCAGGGGUCGGAAGCCCAGUCCGGAAAGGCGGGCAAGAGCCGGACCGUGUCGUACCGGGCGGGAGCGGGGGGCUUGACCGUGCACGUGCAGGAUGAUGACGUGGCACCACUAGCGUCGCAAGCGCCCGCGAAACGGACCGCUGUGGAGCAGCUCCUUGGGGGCGGCCGCGGGGCGGACGUCCAGGACAAGAAGGUCGACGUCAGCCAUGACGUCAGCAGCGGCCACGGCACCCCGAACCCGUUCGCCGCCGCGGCGAACGCGAAGAGCGGCGCGCCCAAGGUAGAGACGACGUGGGCGGAGAUCCGGGUGAUCAGCAAGCAUGACGUGGAGGUCGCGGGCGCGCGCGCGAUCGAGGACCGGCUGGCGCCCAAGCUCGCGAGCAUGGAGAAGGUGAUGAGCCAGAUCGUGAGCUACGAGAAGCUCCGGGCAGAACGCCGAAAGCGGAGCGCGACGAAGGCACCCGCGGCUGCCGCCUUCGAGGUCCAGCAAGCGGAGAAGGAGAGCGAGGCGGUCGUGAAGAUGGAGCCAAUCAGGAACGUACACGUGGCUUCCGAGGAGCAUGCCCAAGUUGCAAAAGCGAGCAAGUUCGAAUUGGAGCGGCAGGACACGGAGAUCUACUACGAGGAAGCCGCCGGUAAGGGCCGUUCCGCCCGUCCCAGCCGGGCGGAAAGCGCCACUCGAGCGGAGCAGAACAUGCCAACUCUGCCAGCGUGGCUCGCCCCCGAACCGAAGAACAUGGACAGCCCGGCCAGCAGGAUUGAGAGCCUGCCCGGGGGCCUCGCGUCUGAGGUCAGCUUUGACCAGUCGAGCACCCGCAGCUGGAACAGCGGAACGGAAGCGAACGGCGGAACGGAGCAGGCGGCGACCGACGACGCGCUGAUCACGAGCGACACGGACGCUGAGGAAGACGACGGCGCGUACGGGAAGGAGCAGACGCUAGCGGCCGCGUUCCAGGCGUACAAGCACAAGUAUGGCGCGCAGAACCGCCGGGUUUCGCGGGCGGCCAGCACCGGGAAGGUGACGCCCAGCAUGACGCCAUCAAAGGGCGGCCCGGAGGUGGUCAAGCGGCGGCACCAGUCGGUGUCCGGGCGCGCGGCGUCGUACUCGAUGAGCGAGAAGGGGCCGUCGCUUCUGGGCUCCCCCGAGAGAGCGACCAAGGGGCCCUGGCGGUCGUCGUAUAAGGGGGCCAGCAGCAGAUGA